AUGGAUUUAACUCGCCACGACGUAGCCGAAUCGCAAUCCGAACCAGAUGGCUGGUCAGCUUGUUGCAAGGCAAUGAAGGCGUACGACGAAGAUAUGAUUGCUCGGUGGAAGGACGAAAUAGACACUUUGCUCGUUUUCGCUGGUCUUCUUUCCGGAGUCCUCACCGCAUUUCUGAUUGAGUCAUACAAACUACUGUCCGUCGACUUCGCCCAGUUAUCGACAGAGUUGUUGAUCCAUAUCCUGGCAAAAUUGGACCAGUCUGCUGUCAACGUCACGACGGAACCAAUGCUGGCCAACUUCGCCGCGUAUACUCCGAGUACAUCAUCCGUCCGUGUCAACAUAUUGUGGUUCUCUGGACUGGUGUUCACUCUGCUUGCAUCGCUCUUAGCUAUCGCCGUCAAGCAGUGGCUGAGGGAAUACCUUGUAUGGGUCUCGUUGCCACCGUCACGGGAUACUGUGCGCCUCCGUCAAUUUUGCUUCGAUGGUUUAGGUAAUUGGCACAUGGAGGAUAUCGUCGCGCUUCUCCCGGUGUUGCUGCAAAUCUCCGUCAUACUGUUUCUAUGCGGUAUGGUCGAUCUUCUGUGGACACUGCAUCGUGUCGUGGCAGGAGUUAUUACCGCCUUCGUUGGUUCAUUCCUUUUUGUGGCACUUACUAGUGCCAUCCUCCCCAUGGUUGUGGCUGGGUGCCCAUACAAGUCCCCUUUGGCUUGGAUCUUGCUCAAGACGAAGUUGGCUGUGCUCUGGCCCCUGGUCAGGCUACUUAGGAUGGGGUCGUAUGUCCUGGAG